CGCCUAGCGCCCGGCGUAGGGCGGUCCACCACGGCGAUGUCGCGGGCGCGCGUGUACCCGGACGUCAACGCGAAUCGGCCGCGCGACUACUGGGACUACGAGGCGCUCACGGUGAACUGGGGCGAGCAGGAGGACUACGAGGUCAUCCGGAAGAUCGGGCGGGGCAAGUACAGCGAGGUCUUCGAGGGCAUCAACGUCGCGAACAACUGCAAGUGCGUCGUCAAGAUCCUCAAGCCCGUGAAGAAGAAGAAGAUCAAGCGCGAGAUCAAGAUCCUCCAGAAUUUGUGCGGGGGCGAGAACAUCAUCCAGCUCCUCGACGUCGUCCGCGACCCCCAGAGUAAGACGCCGAGCCUCAUCUUCGAGCACGUGAACAACACGGACUUCAAGGUCCUGUACCCCACGCUCGGCGACGGCGACAUCCGCUACUACGUGGACCAGCUGCUGAUUGCCCUGGACACGUGCCACAGCAACGGCAUCAUGCACCGCGACGUCAAGCCGCACAACGUCAUGAUCGACCACGAGAACCGCGCGCUCCGGCUCAUCGACUGGGGUUUGGCCGAGUUCUACCACGCGGGCCGCGAGUACAACGUCCGCGUCGCGUCGCGCUACUUCAAGGGGCCGGAGCUCCUCGUGGACCUCCAGGAGUACGACUACUCGCUGGACAUGUGGUCCCUGGGCUGCAUGGUCGCGGGCAUGAUCUUCCGCAAGGAGCCGUUCUUCCACGGCCACGACAACUACGACCAGCUCGUGAAGAUCGCCAAGGUGUUGGGCACGGAGGAUUUGUUCCACUACCUCGACACCUACGACCUCGAGCUCGACCCCCACUUCGACGGCCUCAUCGGCCGCCAGGCGAAGAAGCCCUGGAACAAGUUCGUCACGCCGGAGAACUCGCACUUGGUGUCCGCGGAGGCCAUCGACUUCGUCUCCAAGCUGCUGCGCUACGACCACCAGGAGCGCCUCACGGCCCGCGAGGCCAUGUGCCACGACUACUUCGCGCCCCUCGCGGAGCGGAGUCUCGCGGACCGCGGCGUCGACCCGGCGGACCCCAACGCGGUCCCCGCGGCGCCCUAGCGGCGGCGGGGGGGUUCGGCGCGGCCGCGCGGCGCCCGCCGCGCGCGACCAGCGAACCCGGCGCGCGCCGGCGGGCCCCGCGCCACGGUCCGUGUGUAGAGUACUCGUGGGAUCCA